AUGUAUCCCGUGUCUGUCUGCGCGGGCGGCGCGCAGGCGCUGUUGCUGUCGGCAGGGGGCGCUGUGCACCGCCUGGCGGACGGGCUCGCGCUCGGCUCCGCCUUCGCCGCCUCCGGGAGCGCGGGGGCCGCCGCGGGGGCGGGGCUGGCGCUGCACGAGCUGCCCAGGGCCCUCAGUGACGCGCUGGUGCUGUCGCAGUCGGGGCUGGGGACACGGCGCCUGGUGGCCCUGGCGGUGGCCGCGGCGCUGCCGGUGCUCCCGGGGGUGGUGGCCGGGCUGGCCCUGGGGGCCGCCCCCGCUGCGCGCUCCUGGCUCGCGGCCCUGGGCGGGGGCUUCCUGCUGCACCUGGCGCUGUGCCACAUGGUGCCGGCCAUGCUGUCGGUGCGCACGCGCAGCCCCUGGGCGCUGCUGGCGCUGCAGAGCGCGGGGCUGCUCGGGGGAUGGGCGCUGCUGCUGCUGCUGGCCCUGGGCGAGCAGGGGGACGAGCACUGACCCACCUGGAACAGCACCUGGACACACCUGGAGA